AAAUCGUGUCCAAUUAAAAGCCAUAUAUCUUUCCCUCCAAAGUCUGAAUUCAGCUACCAUAUUCUUUCCCUUUUUGUCUUCCGUUCAAUUUUCCGUCAAUGGAUUUCGUUUUGCAGAGUUUUCCGAUUUCAACAUUUUUGUUCUUCAUUCUGCCUCUUGUGUUCCUUCUUCAUGCUUCCAUUUUCCGGCGACCACGACGACCGCCACUUCCUCCGGGGCCUAAAGGGUUACCCCUCCUCGGCAAUAUGCUGAUGAGACACCAACUCACCCACCGUGGACUCGCCGCCUUGGCCAAACGGUAUGGCGGAAUCUUCCACCUCCGCAUUGGCUUCGUCCACAUGGUCGUCAUUUCCGACCCUGACGCUGCUCGGAAUGUGCUUCAGGUGCAAGAUCUAGUGUUUUCAAACCGUCCAGCAACCAACGCUAUCAAAUACUUAACAUACGAUCGAGCCGACAUGGCAUUUGCUCACUAUGGCCCUUUUUGGCGACAAAUGCGAAAACUAUGCGUUAUGAAAUUAUUUAGCCGGAAGCGAGCUGAGUCGUGGACAUCUGUUCGACGUGAGGUUGAUAAUCUAAUCACCACAAUCGCCAACAACACACAAACCCCUUUCAACCUCGGCCACCUAGUCUUUUCAAUGACCAUGAACAUCAUUUAUCGCGCAGCCUUUGGGACCUCCCAACCACGAGACCAAGCCCAAUUCAUCAAAAUACUUGAAGAAUUCUCAAAACUUUUUGGAGCUUUCAAUGUCGCUGAUUUCUUCCCUUGUAUUGGUUGGAUUGAUCCUCAAGGUAUCACUAGUAGAUUGGUGGAGGCUCGUAGAUCGCUCGAUCGAUUCAUUGAUAGAAUCAUUGACCAACAUUUGGUAGAAAGGAAGGAAAGGGAUCAGGAAAUUGACAAGGACAUGGUUGAUGAGUUACUAGCUUUUUAUAGUGAAGAUGAGGGAGGAAAUAAUGAAACUGACUUAGAGGAUUUGCAUUUGCAAACUACAAUCAAACUCACUAGAGACAAUAUCAAAGCCAUCAUCAUGGAUGUAAUGUUUGGCGGCACAGAAACCGUGGCCUCCGCCAUUGAAUGGACCAUGGCCGAGCUCAUGAGAAACCCCGACGACCUCAAAAAGCUUCAACAACAACUCGACGCCACUGUCGGCCUUCACCACCGUCCACAAGAAUCCGACUUACACAAUCUAACAUACCUCAGAUGCAUUCUCAAAGAAACUCUCCGCCUCCACCCGCCGAUCCCACUCCUCCUCCACGAGACGGCGGCCGACACCGAACUUGCCGGCUAUCGAAUCCCUGCCAAGUCUCGUGUCUUCAUCAACGCAUGGGCGGUCGGUCGGGACGAGAAGUCGUGGGUGGACCCCGAUAUUUUCCGGCCGGCGAGGUUUGAAAUGGAAGGUGCCGCUGAUUUUAAAGGUGGGGACUUUGAGUUUAUUCCGUUCGGGUCAGGGCGGAGGUCUUGCCCUGGAAUGCAGCUGGGGAUUUAUGCAGUGGAGAUGGCGGUGGCGAAUUUGGUACAUUGUUUUGAGUGGAAGUUGCCGGAGGGGAUGAAGCCAGCCGAGUUGGAUAUGAAUGACGUUUUUGGACUCACUGCACCUAGAGCGAGUCGACUUGUUGCUGUUCCCUACCAGAGAGUUGUUUGAAUCUUUCACUAUUACGUGUCAAUUAAGUAAUUUGAAAAAGUUGGAUUGUGUGGAUAAAAAAAUCAACCCAUGUUUCUCAUAUAUCUUUGUUUUUAUUAAAUCAAUUCAAUACAACUUAACACC